CCAUGAGAUACUUUCCUCUUAUUUAAAAAACAGAUCCCAUCCUUAGAAUCUAUAUCCUCUUCUUCUUCUUCUCCUUCUCCUUCAACCCAAAAUUUCUCUUUGUUUCUCUCUUAUUUAUAGAUAUACGAGUUUAGAGAAAGACACCCAUUAACAAAAAGUUUCAGUUUUUCAUGGUCAUGGACAUGGAGGCUGGAUCUCCUUCACCCAACCAAAAGCCUUUAACCAGGCUAAACGCCUUCGUUGCCAACUCUCGACUUGGCAAGCGAUUCAAACUCGCCGAGCGAAACUCCACCUUCACCACUGAGUUACGUGCUGGCACUGCUAUUUUCCUUACCAUGGCUUACAUCCUCGCCGUCAACGCCUCCAUCCUUACCGACAGUGGCGGCCCUUGCUCUGUUUCUGAUUGUAUUCCACUCUGUUCCGACCCAACCAUCCCAGUCUCCAACUGUACUGGGUCAUCCCUCCGAAUCAUCCAGCCUGACGAUUCUUGCAAAUUCGACCCGGUUAAUCCAGGAUACGCUGCUUGUUUAGAUAAAAUACGUAAAGACCUUAUAGUAGCCACUGUAGUUUCUUCUCUUAUUGGAUGUGUGAUAAUGGGUGUCUUUGCUAAUCUUCCUCUCGCGUUGGCUCCUGGUAUGGGCACAAAUGCUUAUUUCGCUUAUACAGUCGUCGGAUUUCACGGGUCGGGUAAUGUUUCAUACGAGAGUGCAUUAACUGCAGUUUUCAUCGAAGGUUUGAUCUUUUUAGCGAUAUCUGCCAUUGGGUUACGGGCACAACUAGCGAAACUCGUUCCGAAGCCGGUGAGGAUCAGCUCCUCAGCUGGUAUCGGUCUUUUCCUCGCAUUUAUCGGUUUGCAAAACAACCAAGGACUCGGAUUAGUUGGAUACAGUCCGUCGACUCUGGUCACUCUCGGUGGCUGCCCGAGAUCCUCACGUGCCUUGUUAGCUCCGGUUACGACGUUAGCUAACGGAACUAUUGCUUUGAUCCCGGGCGGCACCGUUUCGGGGGAUAUUCUCUGCCUCCGUGACAGAAUGGAGAGUCCAACGUUGUGGCUUGGAAUAGUUGGAUUUUUUAUUAUUGCUUAUUGCUUAGUGAAGAAUAUUAAAGGGGCAAUUAUUUAUGGAAUUGUUUUCGUGACGGCCGUUUCGUGGUUCCGAGACACAAGUGUAACGGCGUUUCCUAACACCGUUGCAGGGAAUGCAGCUCAUGAGUAUUUUAAGAAGGUGGUGGAUGUGCAUGUAAUAAAAAAGACAGCUGGGGCUUUAAGCUUUAAGAGUAUAAGGAAAGGCUAUUUUUGGGAGGCUUUGUUCACGUUCUUAUAUGUAGACAUUUUGGACACAACUGGUACCUUAUACUCAAUGGCUCGAUUUGCUGGAUUUUUGGAUCAAAAUGGAAAUUUUGAAGGUCAAUACUUUGCUUUCAUGUCGGAUGCCACAUCAAUAGUAGUUGGAUCAUUGCUUGGAACAUCUCCAGUUACGGUGUAUAUUGAAUCAUCAACGGGUAUACGGGAAGGAGGACGUACAGGAUUAACAUCAUUAACCGUAGCCGGAUAUUUUUUCUUGGCAUUUUUUUUCACUCCAUUAUUAGCGUCUAUACCUGCUUGGGCAGUAGGUCCGCCGUUAAUUUUAGUGGGAGUAUUAAUGAUGAGAGCAGUGGUAGAUAUUGAAUGGAACGAUAUGAGGCAAGCUAUACCAGCAUUUAUUACAUUGAUUUUAAUGCCUUUGACUUAUUCUAUUGCUUAUGGAUUGAUCGGUGGAAUUGGGACAUAUAUUGUUUUGCACUUAGGAGAUUGGGGGGAGGAACUCCUGGUGAAGGUUGGUGUCUUGAAUAGUAGAGGUGAGAAAGAAGAAGUUGAUAGUGGUAGUGGGCCUAGUGGCAGCAAUCGUAGUAAUGGUAACCACAGUAACAACGGCAACGGCAACGAUUUUAGUGAUGCAAAUGAACAAAACAGACAAGAUAGAAGAAUGAAAACAAUUGAAACGGAAGUUUAGGGACUUGGGAUAGUACAUAGUAUAAUUUUGCAAAUUGUCUUUUGUCCUUAAUUUUAGAAUUUCAAUAUAAUAUAUAUAUAAUUAUUCUCA